AGUGUCCUUCCUGAAGAAAGCUGUGGACCAGAGGAACCGAGCCCUGGCCAGCCUGAACCAGGUGAUGAACGUGAGCGCGGCGCUGCUCUCCAGCCAGGAGGGCCACAAGCCCAUCGCCUGCACCGUCACUGCCAACUGGAGCUGCCUCCUGCUCCAGGACACCGUCACCAUCUCCUGCUUGCUGGAGAACUGCAGCGAGUACAGCCUGGAGGAGGGCUGGACCCUCUGUGUCCAGCUCCUGGCCAGCCCCUGUGCCUUAGAGGAGGAAUCCAUGGAUUCGGCCACCACCUUCACCUUCCCCAUUGACCAGCUGCUCCCUGGCAACAAGCGGGAGCUGACGCUGCCCCUCGGCCCCGCUGCCGACACCAAGCUGGACCUGCCUCUGACCAUCUCCUGUGCCCUCUACUACAGUUUGAGGGAUAUUUUGGGCAGUGGCUCCGACUCCUCCGAGGACCUGGAUGACUUCCUGCCCGACGACUCGCCCCUGCUGUCCCCGGACAGGGAGGGCAUCUGCCUGCCCCUCAGCCAAUGCACCAUUGACAUGCUCCAGUGCCUCCGUUUCGGGAGCAGCCCCCCCGGGCCCAGCGCCCCCCCUGCCCCCUCAGACCCUGUGGAGACCUUCCUCAAAGUGUCCCGGGAACAGACUGAGCCCGAGGAGGGGAAAAGCCCGGCAGAGGAGAGCCUGCCCCCCUCGGCAGCGUCCAUCCGGGUGUCCUCGGAGCUGCUGAAAAGUGCUCUCAAAACCUCGGAAACAGAUGUCCCACUUUGCUGUGCCACCCUGCGCUGGCUGCUGGCUGAGAACCCCGGGGCCGAGGCGCUGAGCACGGAGGUGGCAUCGGUGUGUGGCACGGCACCCGACGGUGCCCACGUCCAGCUGCUCGUCACAGAGGUGGCCAUGAAUGACCUGAGCCCUGCAGGUCCCAUCCAGGCUGUGGAGAUCCUGAUGGAGAGCCCAUCCCUGGCCCACAUGUGCAGGACACACCACGCCGUCAUCCGGCGCAUACAGGUACCCCCCUGGGCCAGGGGCACCCCAAGUGACCCCAAACCCCCUGAGAUGGAGCCUGGGCUGCACUGGGAGGUGUUUCUAUGGUGCCAUGGUGUGACAGUCCAGCACCAGCAUCUGGGGGUGCCAGAUGUGGGGUUUGGGCUGCCCUGAGAUUGGGAAUUCCCAAGGAUGGGGCUCCCAGGGUCUGGGGGCUGCUGGAGCUGUGGCUCCCAAGGCUGGGACUCCCAGG